GUGUGUGUACUGGUCGUGCUGCUUGUGGUUUCAUGUUGUUGGUUCUUGUAGAAACAACAGAACCAUGAACAGUCUGGAGGAGAAGGUAGCAGAGCUGGUCAGGGCAUAUCCACACUUAUACGACAGAUCCAGCAGAGAUUUCAGAGAUGGACAGAUAUGCGCCAAUGCCUGGUGUGAGAUCGCGGUGAAGGUUGAAGAAGAACCCGAGUAUUGUAAAUCAGUGUGGAGGAACCUGAGAGAUAAAUUCACCAAAGCAAAGAAGAGACUGCUGAGUAAAAGUGGAGAUGGAGAGAAGCACCAGGUUCCUACACUGUACAAACAGCUGUCCUGGUUAAACCCGUUCGUUCAGAUCCGGAACACUGAGAACUGCAUCAGCUACUACAACAACAACAACAACAAACCUGCUAUUGACUCGGUGGAGGAAUCAUAUUCAAUUAUUUGCAAGGAGGAAUUUGAUUCUUCGUUUCCCAUCACACAUUCCGAGUUUCCUGCUACUCAGUCUCCAUCGUGUUCAUCUGUGGAAGAAUUAGAGUCGAGCACACUGUUCACUACACUACCCAAGAGAAAGCGUCAAAGGGACAGUCCUGAGGACUCAGAGUUUGGUCAGAUUUUCAGUGAACUGGACAAAAGGAGGAGACUGGACUCUGAUGUGCAUGACCGAUAUGCUCAGACGAUUGCAGACUUCAUGCGUGGACUCUCGAGGAGACACUGUGCUGUUUUUAAGAAGCGGGUUAGUGAUAUCAUGUAUGAGACGGAGAUUGAACAGCUGGACAAGGCUGGAUUGUAAAUAAGGGUUUUAUUUGGUGUAUAUAUGAUUAAAAAAAAAAAAAAUUCUA